UCAAAGCUUGAACUAAGCAUUCAACAACUGAAAUGGUUUUCCUUUCCUCGCUCGUUGUUGCGUUUACCGCCGCCGCCAGUGUACUUGCCAAUCCCGUCGAGCGCUUUGACAAUUCGACCGUUGUCUUCGGCAAGCGCACAAUUACAGAUGGUGAAGGAACCAGCAAUGGCUACUUUUAUUCCGUUUACUCGGACAGUACAGUGACUGGCACAUAUACAAACGGAGCUGCUGGUGAAUAUAGUCUAACUUGGGGAGGCACCGGCGAUGUUGUUGUAGGCAAAGGAUGGGCAACUGGCGGACCAAUGUCUGUCGUUUAUAGUGGCACCUAUGAGCCCGAUGGAAAUAGUUAUCUCUCUGUCUAUGGCUGGACUACCGAUCCCCUCAUCGAAUAUUACAUUACAGAGUCCUACGGGGAUUACAAUCCAAGCACGGGUGGGACUUACAAGGGUACCUGUUCUAGUGAUGGGGGAGUGUAUGAUAUUUAUACCCAGACACGCACCGACGCCCCUUCAAUUCAAGGCACGGCGACGUUUCAACAGUACUGGAGUAUUCGCACUACGAAUCGGGUUGGGGGAACCGUAACAACAGGAAACCAUUAUGCGUGCUGGGAAGCAGUCGGAUUGGAGCUCGGCGCUUUCAACUAUAUGAUACUUGCCACAGAGGCAUACUCUUCCACUGGUACAUCUACCAUCACCGUGUCGUAAUUGUAGUGGUCAAUCGUCCUCUUUAAAAUCGUUUGCAUACAAGUAGAGCAUGAUGGAAUCACCAUAGCAAAUUAGCAAUCCGAAUACGCCUUGAUGAGUUUAUGUAAAGAGACUAGGAGUACAAUGCCGUACAGCAUGUUCGAAUAUCCAAG